AUGACAGGGAACGUUGCCUCCAAGAGUGCUUUUACGUGCGGGAUCGCGCUGUUAUUGCUUGCCUCGAUCAACGUCAGCCUAGCGAAUCCUAUUCAGGAGUGUCCAGAUGAGCGUCCUCAGGCUCCGGACGGCUGGCAGCCACGUACACCGGAGCAAACGCUCUACGCGUACGUCCGCUGCUUGAACGACUCGUCCGCCAGCGUCGAGAUGAAGAUCCGCUGGGUCAUGUGGCAGCCGGACGCGUCUCCCGAAAGCCAGUGCUACGUGAAGUGCGUCACCGAGGACCUUCGGCUGUACGAUCCCCGGUCGCGCCAAUUCGUCCCGGACCGGUUCGAGCAGCAGGCCCGGGCAUUCCACGAGUCACCGGACGAUCUCGCAACGAUGUACGCGGACGCGACGCAACUUCUGGCGGGAACGCUGGCGGAUAGCGAGUGCUCGACGGUGUUCGCCAAGUACGCACCCUUCUACGCCGUGCACCAGGAGCGCAUCCUGGACAUCUUCCACGGUGAUCUACGCAAAAUUCUCGUCACCUACAAGCAGCUCGGGGCGCGGGUGAAACAGAUCGGCCAGAGCUUCGUCGACUACUGCGAGCGGCGGUACGAGUUCGAGUGGGCGGCCGAAGAGGCCAAACCGUGCCCGAAUCGAACCGCCGUCGACUGCAUUCUGCGCGGAUUCCGAUGGAUCACCGAAGAGGGCACUGUAAACGUCGCGGUGAUAGAGCGAGAUUACCAGGGAUUUGAGGUGGCCCGGUCCGAGCUGGAACAGUGUCAGGAUGUGGACGCGCUGUACCAGUGUCUGCGAGCGAUCAACGCCGAGGCUCUUUCGGGUGUGAUACGUCAGCGGAACGCGCAGACGGCGUACUAUUUCGAUCAGACGUCCCAGGAUGAGCCAUGGAAGUCGGCGGUGGAGUACGGUCAGUCUCGACUGAAUCGAACGCCUUAGCUUCAGCUGAGAUAUUUUCAGAUGUAAUAUUUAAUGUUCAAUA